AUGCCUGUAACGAAUCUCCGCGGAUAUCAAGAACCGAAGUGGGAUGUUCUACACUUGGAAGAGGAGCAACCUCCCGAAUCUUUCGAUGCUCCUCCACCAUUCGCUAGCUCGGCUUCAUUUUCUCAAUCUCCCGCCGAUUUAUUCUCACGCCAGCCUGCAACUAUUCGCUAUGUACACCUUAAACACUGUAGGCUCCACGACGACGAGUCUCUGAAAGCAUGUUCUGGGAGAAACAAGAGAGGAGGUGUUUGUUUGAAUAGGGCCAGUGGGGCGAGGAUGGCUCACCUGAUGCCUACUUGCAACAAACAUCACAACCAACCCCGUAUGGCAACUUCAUGUCAAGAAGUGCUUUCUUGUGGCUUCACAUGUGGAGCCGUAUUUGACUACAAACACCACGAUUUCCGAUUGUGCCAUCGGCAUCGCUCACCACAAUCAUGCUAUCUUCUCAAGGUUCCCAUUGAGGUUCGCAUGACCAUCUACGAAUUUUUGAUCCCCGAGUCUUUCGUACCAGCUAGAUUUAUGGGCUCCUCGUUGAGCGACCGGUAUCUCACUGGCCGGAAAGUCUUCAGAGGGACGAACAUGGCCAUUCUUCGAGUCAACUCACUGAUCCACGACGAGGUUGCCAAUCAUAUUUACGGCAGGAUGACCUUUGAAAUCCACAUAACUCGAAAAUUUCUAGCGAUUUGCAACGGCGCCAUCAAACAAAAUCAAUACGGGGUGCGUAAACCAAGGCCCAGUACUUCGGACUUUCAUGCACUUCGAGAUCCGGACUAUCACAAAAAUCACGCACUUCAAGACUAUCAGAUGCAACUUAUGCUUCUUGAGCAGCAAAACAAGAAAAGACUCAUGAGGGCAAGGCAGGAGCAGGAUAACUCCAUUGCAGGCUCGAAUUUUAACAACUAUUCUGGUGUCACUCGCAGCCAAGCCCCUUCCAUUACAGUCCCUUUUCAUUACAGUGAUGUCGAUGGUCCUUGCUGGAUCCAGCCAAUUGCCGAUAGGUAUUUCAAUAUGAUUAAAUCUUUCAACAUCCAUUUUGAAGUUCCUGGUACCCUGGGCUACCACCAAGGUAUCGGCUAUAAUGAAGCCGGGUCAUUGGCCGAGGACACCUCGCUCAUUAUUUAUGAACUUAACGACCAUGUUCAUCGCUUGCUCGGCAGGCUUCAGCAGCUCCCCACGAAGAAUCUACGAUUAGAGAUCAGAAUUGAUUUCGACAAGAUUUAUACCAACAUUCCAGAUGCCCAUUAUGACGUUCGCCUAUUACUUGAACCUUUUAAUCGAAUCGGGAAAUCUGCCAAUUUCCAAACACAGGGGGUCCAAAUGGGAUGCUCUGGCGGGUUAGAGGUUGAAUUAUAUCCGCGCAACUUGAAACCUGCAGCGAAUGGAGAAUAUGGGAAUUUUAUUGACUACAUGAGACGAUGGCCAAAAGAAGUUUCUCGGAGCGAACCUUCGCCGGAGUGUAUGAAGAUCUCGAGGGAUUAUUGGAAAAUGGAGAAACUUGUGACGGGAAUCAAUAGCCAGUGCCCGAACACGAUCAUCUUUGACCAAUUCACCGGGAUUUGCCAGGAAGCAAGAGUUGCGCGGGAAGCGGUAGAUUGGGAACGUUUUGUGGAAGCUCGCGAAGCGGUUAUCAAAGUCUGGAGUGACUACACACGAGGUCAGAAGGCUUUCCAGGAUGGGGUUGAGAGUGAAAUUGAAGAUUUGUGCGGAUCUGCGUAG